CCGCCAUCAACUGCGACCUCUCAUUACCGCCUCGUACCCCGCUACUCCGACUGUACCUACCUGUACCCACAUACAUUCCUACACCGGCAUCAUCAACCCCACCGCGAGGCGACCUGAAAGGCUACGCACAACUCCCCAGCUGCACAACGCUCUAGCCAGCGCCGGAAUUUGGGAGCUACAGAGCGUGCUCUGGGAAGUGUCUGGGAAAGGAGGAGGCUGCGCCGAGUCCCAUGCAGCUCUCUCUCCACUGGUAGAGGCCAGCGCCGACUCACGUACAUCCCCGUGAGUGACCAUGGCGGCCUUUGUACGGGUCUCUGGCCCGCCAAAUAGUAAUUUCCUCGUCGGAUACCCAGGAAUAUCAGCUACACUUCCGCGAAUAGAAGGUAAGGUCGAAAUAAGACCUUCAAUAGGUGUGUCCGCACCUGUAAAUGUCUCCCUCGUCACCAUCGCUCUACACCGCCGCGAAUCCAUCCAUCCCGCCGCUGACUCGGUGACAAAGAAGCAUCUGGCUGCGCCGCGCAAGGACUUCGCCGACAUCGUCGGCAAGGAGAUGCUACUGUUCCGAUGUCCAGCCGGGAAAGAACAUGAUAGUGUAUUAUCCAUGGACCUACCGUUCGUCAUAUUCAUACCAUUCGGCCGGGGAGGGGAGGAGCUAGCUAGGAGGGUGCCACCCGCAAGUUUACAGCUUCCAAGCCGGACGGCAGAGACGUUCUACGAGCUUGUCGUAACGGUGCAGCAAGGACAUUCGGACCAGAAGAAAUAUCCAUUCCCCGUACCAAUAUCAAGAUAUGAUACCCUUUCGACCUUUGGCAUGUACAACCGACCUGAAAGUGCAGAGCGCGUUACGGACCACCUGGUCACCCUUGGAAUUAGUCUGCCCCGGUGGAGUUAUGGACCCUUGGAUCCCGUCUCGGUGUACAUCAAAUUAAGCCCAAAUCCAGACUGGUUGUCGAAGGCGAAGAAGGUCACUAUACAAAAAAUCACAAUCGGAAUCGAUGAGGAGAUCAUCUAUAAUCACGAGGGGGAUGAGCCAACAAGGAAGGUGAAGAAUCUGGCGAAGACACAGCAGGCCGUUGGUGUUAAGAUGCCUGAGGCCGGCUAUUUCACCAACCUCGGCUUGGUGUUCCCUGCAAAAGACCUGAGAGAUUCAGAUGGAGUCAUACCACGGGGAGAGAAGAAGUUCCCUAUGUACGCCGUGAGCGGAUUCACAACCACUGGCACGUUGUACAAGAUUGAAUACUAUCUAACAGUAAAGGCGCAAAUGUCUGGAGCAAAGGACAUAUUACUUCGUCAACCAAUCGUUGUCUGUCCAUUCGACCAUGCAGGUUGCAAAGAGGAAAUGGAGGCCAUCGAGCAGGCUGCCAAGGACGCCGCCCACGUCAGCCCGGAUAACCCGAUGCUACCAGCAAGCAGUAUAGUCCGAUCUUAUGACAGCAACGGCCUAAGAGCGUUGGGAAUAGCUAUCGUUGGAGGCGUGCGGAAACCACUCAUUGAGUGAAAACGAUUGCGGGUCGGGAUUUGCUUCCAAUCAGUAGCAGCAAAGAGAGAAUGCGGUUAUCACAGUGUGCAGGUGUACGACGUGAAGCCAGGACAACGACGUAAAUGCCCAAUGUCCUUCGACAGUAUUAUGACACCAAAGAGCGCGCGGAAGAAGGAGCAGCGGCUACUCAACAUUCUCACAUCUUGCCCAGGGUCUAAGGCUGUGAAGCUCAAGGGACCUUGCAAAGAAGAAGCCGUAAGAUCGAAACAUCAGUGGGCGUUAUUGGUUGUAUGGCACGCGUAUACCAUUUGGAUAUUACAGCAAAGGGAGCAGGGAACCCGGAAUACCACUAGGAGUUACUUACUACUAUCGCUUUCGCCUUC